AUGGCAAAAGCUUUUGCAAUUGCUCUUGUAUUUCUUGCAUUCGGCACAAGAGCGGAAACAAAAACAGGGCCAUACGACUCUACAGUACUAAGCCUUCGAUGGCCUGUGUCAUUUUGUACUGCUUUUGCUUCUAGGGUAAGGUGUGAAGAGCCGAUCGAAAAUAAUUUUACAAUUCAUGGUCUCUGGCCCAUGUAUUCAGUUCCUGAGGGAUCAAUUACAGUCGACGCUUACGAUAUAAACAAAGGAUGUACGACUAUCACACCAAUGCCUAAAGAUCGUAUUAAAAAAAAAUUAUUAAAAUCGAUACGACACGACUUAAACAUAUAUUGGCACGACACUGUACACCCUCGAAGCGAGUUCCACAACAUAGAAAAUUGGCAGUACCAGUGGGGGAAACACGGGAUGUGCUUUGAUGAUCCCGAUCAACCUUUAUAUUAUUUUCAAACAGGUUUAGUUCGUGCAAAGAGUCUUAACAUCCUCGACAUACUCUCUACAGCAAAUAUCGUUCCCACUGAUGAACACGGAUAUGAUGGAGAGGCCAUUGAAACUGCCAUUAAAGAAUCUCUAAGAGUGCAACCAAUAAUUGUUUGCAACGAUUAUGGCCGAAGACUUCUAUUGUUAGAGGAAGUUCAUAUAUGCUAUCAUAAGAACGGGAGCCCAACUAUUAGUAGUUCAACUCAUCACAAGUCUGUGUGGUAUGUACAUGUCAAUAAAUGA